AUGAUCAAAUCCGUACUCAGACAGAGAAUCCCCUUCAGAGGAUUGGCCACCCUGGCCCAGCAACCUGCUCUUAAAAAGUUCCAAAUCUAUAGAUGGAAUCCGGACACACCCGAGGUUGAACCUCAAAUGAAAACUUAUGAAGUCGAUCUUAACCAAUGUGGUCCUAUGGUUCUCGAUGCUAUUUUGAAAAUCAAGAACGAACAGGACUCCACCUUGACCUUCAGAAGAUCUUGUCGUGAGGGUAUUUGUGGAUCUUGUGCCAUGAAUAUUGGUGGAAUUAACACCUUGGCUUGUUUAUGUAAAAUCGACAAGGAUACCAGUAAAGAUACCAAGAUUUAUCCCUUGCCUCAUAUGUUUGUCGUGAGGGACUUGGUACCUGAUUUGACUCACUUUUACAAGCAGUACAAGUCCAUUCAACCUUACUUGCAAAGAGAAACCUUACCUUCUGACGGCAGAGAAAAUUUGCAAAGUAUCGAAGACAGAGCCAAGUUGGACGGUCUUUAUGAAUGUAUUUUGUGUGCUUGUUGCUCCACUUCAUGUCCAUCGUACUGGUGGAACCAGCAAGAGUACUUGGGACCCGCUGUGUUGAUGCAGGCAUACAGAUGGUUGAUUGACUCUCGUGAUGAGGCCACCAAGGCCAGAAAGCAGAUGUUGCAAAACUCCAUGUCUUUGUAUAGAUGCCACACCAUCAUGAACUGUGCCAGGACCUGUCCAAAGGGUUUGAACCCAGGUAGAGCCAUCGCCGAAAUCAAAAAACAGUUGGCAUUUGACUAA